UGGAGAGUCAGGCGGAGCUUCAACCAUGGGCGGUGGCGUUGGUGGUGGCGGCGGCGGCGGCAGUACAAUUGGCGGUGGCAGCGUGCUGGGCGGACACGGUACUCUGAUGAGCACAGCGGGUAUGAGCAAUAGUACGGUUGGCGGCGGUGUUGGUGUUGGGGCUCCUCCUGGCAGUAUGUUGCACGGUGGCGGUGGCGGUGGCAUCGGCGUCGGAACGCCUGGUAAUAUGAGUAUGCCUGGCGUUUAUGGCAAUGGCAAUGGCGGCGGUGGUAUUGGUGGUCCAAUGGGACCAGGUGGAGGCAAUGGCGGUGGUGGAAAUGGCCCAAGUACGGCACCCGGUUCGGUGAUCGAUUCACGCGCGGUGUCCGUGGUCGUUACGUUGCCCGGUGGGCCGGGCGCGCAACACCCCGGGCAGGCGCUGAGCGACUACGGUCCUAUAUAGUUAAUGGUACGACCAGAUACAGCGCACUGGGUGUCCACGAGCAGUUUCUCGCAGCUGUAAAUGAGCGCAACUGUGUAAAGAUUGUAGCAUAACGGUAGGGAGGUAGACAUAGAGCGUGAAAGAAUAAAGUUAAGGGUGAAAAGAGCAUUUAUAAUGGGUGAGCAUGAGAGGAUUAGUAUACGACAAACGCGCUUUUGUAUGUGCAGCAGGUGUUGCGCUCAUUUACAGUGUUGCAUUUUUUGAGCUUUAAAGCUGUUGAAAAGUUUAAGCAUGCAGUGAAAAGUUGCAACAAACAAGUCGCCAUAUUACUUUCUUCAAUUUUAUAGUUGUAAAAAAUAUAUUUAAAAAAUAAAACGAAUGAUUAUUGCAAUAAAAAGAGUUUGUAUUAAAGUAAUAAACUUCAUACUUAUAAGCAAGCUAAACUUCAUAAUUCUAGUCCAUUUUCAAUGAAAGCAAAAAAAAAUUAAAACAAAAAAAACACUUUAAUACAAAAAAAAUUUAAUUAGCAGACAACAACAAAGCACAAUUUCUAUAAAAUAUCACUAAACGAAUUCAAAAAGAAAUAGUCAAUAGCUUAUAAACAGACAUAAACUUGCUACACCUUUUUCUAUCAAUAAAUAUUGUGAAAAUAUUUAAAGCAAAAUAAUGCUAAAAUAGUGAAUAGAGUGUUAAAAAUAGGAAAAAAGAGAUACGAAAAGCACAUCAAAUGCGCGCGCCAGAGAUUUUUCUAUCAAACAUUUUUUUUUUGUAAACGCAUAUUUAUUUCACAUUUUCCUAAUUCGUUUUUUCAACUCUCUACUCAAAUAGACUGAUUUAUAAUAAUAUUUAAAAGAAGAUAAGUAUAUUUCACACUAACAAAGCGAUAUACAAUAUUUUAAAUGUACUAUAGAUUAUGAAAAACAUAAAACGAAUGAAAAAAUGUUAAUGAAAUGCGUACGAACAAAACAGACAAAAGGUAGUAAAAAGCAGUAAAAAAAAAACGCUUUUGUUUCUUUCAUCUGCCCAACAGGGGCGAGGGGGUUAAGAAAUAUUGCCACUGCCAAAAACGCCAACGCCAUAUUGCAUUACAAAAAUAAUAAUAAUAAUAAAUACCUACAUAUACUACUAUACACGAAUGCACAGAAACACAUGUAAAAUUUCUAAUAAAAAAAAUAAUCGAAUGCAAUUGCAAAUGGAGGAGGUUAAAAAGUAGAAUGCAAUUAAAAGCAUUUGUAAAAUAUUAUUUAUGUUUAUUUGUAGUUUUUAAAGUGAUUGUAUGUAGCGUUUGUAAUUAUGCGUUAAAACAGAAAAAAAGCUCUCAAUUACUAUAUUGAGAAAUCAAUGAUAAAAUACUAUAUAUAAUUGAAGUAAAUAUAUAAAAAAAAAACUGUAUAAAUGCAUUUAUUACAAAAACAUUAUUAUUAGUAAUGAAAAACAAAAUGCCAACGAAUCAGAGCAAAUACGAAAUACCCAAAUGUAAAUACUGAAUUAUUAAUUUAAUAGAAUUUUAUUUAAAACAUAGAAUAUUAUUUAAGUGUUUAUUAGAGCUUGAAUAUUAAUUUAAUUGAAUAAGCUAUUAACUUUAUGCAAAAUUUAAUUACAUGUUGCAAAAAAAAAUAUUUAUGCUAAGUAAAAGAAUAUAGUCUUGAAAGAGCAUGCAUUUAGAAACAUAUACAAAAUAUGUAAGUACAUAUGUACAUGUGUACGGUGGCGAGAACGGAAAUAAGGAAGAGACAUUUUUGCAAGUGUUUUGGCUAAUUUUCGUUAUUCAAAAAAUGUUUAUUAUUUUUUAUGAAGAUAUAGCCUACAAU